AUAGUGUAAAGCUUCAAGACUUUACACACAGGUAGAGGACUCCUCAUCGGCCGGGUGGAAAUGGUUCAGUGCAAAAGUGAUGAGUUUCUUUCUCGGGACAAGCAGAGAUGCUGUGAUCGCUGCCCUGCAGGCAAAUACAUCCGCAGUGAGUGUGACGGCACUAAGAAGACCGAGUGUAAUGACUGUGUGUGGGGGUAUUACACAGCCACAAGUAACAGCUUGUUUCACUGUAAAGGGUGUAGGGUCUGCCAUUCCAUAAACAACCACAAGACAUUAACGGAGUGUACAGCUACCAAAAACACGCAGUGCGAGUGUCUGCCUGGUUUCUACUGUAAUGAGCCUGACUGUGAGCUCUGCCGGGCUGUGACCAUCUGCCCUGAAGGCAAGGGGGUCAAGGUUAAAGCCAGUCGGACCAAUGAUACAAUAUGUGCUGUAUGUGAAAAUGGGACCUACAGCAACGUGUCUGAUUUCCACUCACCUUGUCUGUCACAUACCAGGUGUGAGGACUUGGGAAGAAAGCUGAAAACUCCUGGAAGUUCGAUUGCUGACGCCGAGUGUGGCGCCUUCAUAUCUCAGUGCCCCUGGAUAUUACCUGCCAGCCUGUGGGCAGGAAUGGUGCUGAUGUCUCUCAUCCUGCUUGGCAUCCUCUGUUGGAGGGCCAAACGCAAAUGUUACAAAACAGCAUUUUCCAGUGUUAAAGAUGUUCCAGUGGAGCUGUUACCUCCAUUCCCUGCUUGCCCCGUGGAGCUACCUUUCCAAUCCACUCAAUGGAACGGUCACUGCCAAGAGAGCUGUGAGGAGAUGGGCUGUGAGACAACCCGUUUUGACUCAGAUGAUAAGGUGAUCAGCUUCUGCACACAAGACAGCAUGGAGAGCAGCCUUCCCAGAACACCACUGAAAGCUACAGUUCAAUUUGCAGAAACCAAUCACGUUAAUGGAAAUGCAAGAAACUGCACCAGGAACUCCCUUUUAAACCAUUCAGAGCCGCAGGAGGAUGAGUGGUGCGGGACAUAACUCCCUCCUUGGUAAAAUUUUGUUCAUAGGAUCUAUAGUUUCCUCCCACGGCACAAAGGUGUGGUCAGGCGAACUGAGGAUUCUAAAUUGCCCAUAGGCGUGAAUGUGUGUGAGUGUGGCUGUGUGUGUGUGAGCCCUGUGAUGGACUGGCAAGCAGGGUGUUGCUCCGCCUUCCACCCAGUGCGUGCUAGGAUAGACUCCAGCCCCCUGUGACCGUGAAUAGGAAUAAACUGGUGUGGAAAAUGAAUGGAUGGAUCUAUGGUGGACAAGAACUGGAAAGUAUAGAUGGAGAUCAGACUGAGCAUUUCCUCCACAUGGAGAUGCUGGGACAUUUUUUUUACUUAAAACUGUGGACAUUUAUGCAACAUGUCAGAGCAAAUACAUGGACUAGGAUAUCUUAGACAGCAGCUCCAGUCCUCAGGACCCAGAGAGGUGCUGGUUUUCAGUAUACCCAGAUAUAUCAGGGACUAGCUUACACGUGGGUUA